UAGUGUUCACGUUUUGAUGACUCCAUGCUGACCUUGGUGUGCAUCGCGAUUGGUUGACGAAACGUCGGCUGAUGCCGAAGACUACACGAGAAUGAAUGUUCAUUCUGCUGCGGUCUAGUGGAAACGUUCGGAAGUUCGGACACUUGUUACUCUUUGAACUUACUCCAAAGGAAAAUUACAUUUCAUCCUAUUCACAUUGAUCACUUGUUAAAAUGAGCAAACCAGUAGCAGAUAUUGCCCUUAUAGGGUUGGCUGUCAUGGGCCAGAAUUUAAUUCUUAAUAUGAAUGAUCAUGGAUUUGUUGUCUGUGCAUAUAAUCGUACAACAGAUAAGGUCAAAUCUUUCUUACAAAAUGAAGCCAAGGGCACAAAAGUCAUUGGCGCUUACUCAUUGAAAGAAAUGGUAGAAAAACUAAAAUCACCAAAGAGAGUAAUGCUUCUAGUAAAAGCUGGUGCAGCAGUGGAUGCAUUCAUUGAUCAAUUAGUGCCUUUAUUGUCCCCUGGUGAUAUUAUAAUUGACGGUGGUAAUUCUGAAUAUCAAGACACUGAAAGACGAACUAAUGAUUUAGACAAAAAAGGAAUUUUAUUUGUUGGUAGUGGAGUUAGUGGAGGAGAAGAGGGUGCUAGGUAUGGACCGUCUUUAAUGCCUGGUGGAAAUCCAAAAGCUUGGCCACAUAUUAAAGAUAUCUUUCAGUCAAUUUGUGCCAAAGCCAAUGGUGAACCAUGCUGUGAUUGGGUAGGAGAAACAGGGGCAGGACACUUUGUAAAAAUGGUACACAAUGGUAUCGAAUAUGGUGAUAUGCAACUGAUUUGUGAAGCAUAUCAUAUUAUGCGAAAUGGUUUAAAACUUACUCCAGAAGAAAUGAGUCAAGUGCUUGACGAGUGGAAUAAGGGAGAACUGGAUUCUUUCUUAAUUGAAAUCACUCGUGACAUCCUUAAGUACAAAGAUGAAAAGGGUUACUUGUUAGAGCGAAUUAGAGAUACAGCUGGUCAGAAAGGAACUGGAAAAUGGACAGCCAUUGCUGCAUUAGAUUAUGGAGUUCCGGUAACGUUAAUUGGGGAAUCAGUGUUUGCUAGAUGUCUUUCUGCUUUGCAAAGUGAAAGAGUAGAUGCAAGUACCAUAUUGAAAGGUCCAGAUACAGUGUAUGAAGGUGAUAAGAAACAAUUCCUAGAACACUUAAAGAAUGCCCUUUAUGCAUCAAAAAUUAUAUCCUAUGCCCAAGGGUUUAUGUUACUAAGAGAAGCUGCCAAAGUUCAUAAUUGGAAUUUAAAUUAUGGUGGUAUAGCACUUAUGUGGCGAGGAGGUUGCAUUAUAAGAAGUGUUUUCUUAGGAAAUAUCAAAAUAGCAUUUGAUAAAAAUCCAAAACUCUCUAAUCUAUUGUUAGAUAACUUCUUUGCCAAUGCAAUGAAAAAAUGUCAAGCUAGUGCUAGGAUAGUAGUAGCAACUGCAGUACAACUGGGAAUACCAACUCCUGCUUUGUCAACAGCUUUAGCUUUCUACGAUGGCUUCAGAACUGCCCGUCUCCCAGCAAAUUUACUCCAAGCUCAGCGGGACUACUUUGGUGCUCAUACUUACGAGUUACUUGGUGCAGAAGGAAAAUUUGUGCAUACAAAUUGGACAGGACAUGGUGGUAAUGUCUCUGCUUCUACAUAUGAUGUAUAAAAAAAUAUGAAAUCUAUUUUGAUGUUUUGAGAGAAUGUUUAAAUGGUAUGAAAUUAGAGUUAAUGUUAUGAUUGACAAACACUUUAUUGUACGUUAUAUAUUAUAAUGUAUCAAUGGUUGUGAAACAGUGCUGGGGAAACUAUUCUUAUUUGAAAACGUAUUUUGUUUACAAAUAAUAUAUUAUCUAUAUUUCUAUAUA